AUGGGCAGACCAAAAGGACCUGAUCUCCAAGGCGAAGGAACGUACAAAGCUAGUUCUCUCAAAAUGCUCUUUCUUUUUACUGGUUUGGAGAGAACUGAAAGCAUAGCAGAACUGAAUCGAAAAUUUGUAACCAGUAAAGGCAAUGAUGAUUCAAAUGGCAAAGUUUUUAGCGUACUCGUUUUCUGCUCUCAGUGCGUAGCUUCGGAGGAUAAUGUUAGAAGAGCUAGGAACAAUGCUGAAGGACUUCCUCGAGAGUCUCAAGAGUAUUGGGAGUAUUGGAAGAGCCAAGGUCACAAUUACAGAAUCCUAAAUCCUGAAUAUUCGCAGCCUGAAUCUCUUUUGCAUGCAGCUCCAGACUAG